AUGCCAGGCCUGGCUCUCCUGGGCUUCUGCGCUCUGCUGGGCCUGGGGGCGGGGGCCCCGCUGUGCCUGUCCCGGCAGCUCAGGAUGCAGGGGGACUACGUGCUGGGGGGGCUCUUUCCCCUGAGCUUGGCCGAGGAGCCAGGCCUCCAUGACAGGACACAGCCCAACACCACCGCGUGCACCAGGUUCUCGUCGCUCGGGCUGCUCUGGGCACUGGCAGGAAAGAUGGCCGUGGAGGAGAUCAACAGAGGGUCCACCCUGCUGCCCGGGAAGCUCCUGGGUUACGACUUCUUCGACACGUGCUCGGACCCCGUGGUGGCCAUGAAGCCCAGCCUCAUGUUCAUGGCCAAGGCAGGUGGCCGCGAUGUGGCUGCCCGCUGCGACUACGCGCAGUACCAGCCCCGCAUGCUGGCCGUCAUCGGGCCCCACUCGUCCGAGCUCGCUCUCGUCACCGGCAAGCUCUUCGGCUUCUUCCUCAUGCCCCAGGUCAGCUACGGCGCCAGCAUGGACAAGCUGAGCGACCGGGAGGCCUUCCCGUCCUUCUUCCGCACGGUGCCCAGCGACCGAGUGCAGGCGACCGCUAUGGUGGAGCUGCUGUACACUCUCAGCUGGAACUGGGUGGCCGCCUUGGGCAGUGAUGAGGAGUACGGCCGGCAGGGCCUGAGCCUCUUCUCCAGCCUGGCCGGCACGAGGGGCAUCUGCAUCGCGCACGAGGGCCUGGUGCCGCUGCCUGGAGCCGCGGGCCGGGAUCUGGACGCCGUGCAGGAGCUGCUACACCAGGUGAACCAGAGCAGCGUGCAGGUGGUGGUCCUCUUCUCUUCCCCCCAGGCUGCCCGCACCCUCUUCAGCCACAGCAUCCACUGCAGCCUCUCACCCAAGGUGUGGGUGGCCAGUGAGGCCUGGCUGACCUCGGACCUGGUCAUGACCCUGCCCGGCAUGGCGCAGGUGGGCACCGUGCUGGGCUUCCUGCAGCGGGGUGCCCCGAUGCCCGACUUCUCGUCCUAUGUGCAGACCCGCCUGGCCCUGGCUGCCGACCCCGCCUUCUGCGCCUCACUGGAGGAGCAGCAGCCGGGCCUGGAGGAGCACGUGGUGGGGCCGCGCUGCCCGCAGUGCGACCACACCUCGCUGGACAAUGUGUCCACCGGUCUCCUGCACCACCAGACCUUUGCGGUCUACGCGGCGGUGUACAGCGUGGCCCAGGCCCUGCACAACACGCUGCUCUGCAACGCCUCGGGCUGCCCCACACGGGAGCCCGUGCAGCCCUGGCAGCUCCUGGCAAAGAUGUACAACAUGAGCUUCCGGGUGCGAGGCCUCCCGCUGCGGUUCGACGCCAGCGGGAGCGUGCACUUGGACUAUGACCUGAAGCUGUGGGUGUGGCGGGACCCGAUGCCCGAGCUGCGCACCGUGGGCAGCUUCAAUGGCCACCUGCAGCUGCAGCUGUCCCAGAUGCGCUGGCACACGCCGAGUAACAUGGUGCCGGUGUCCCAGUGCUCGAGGCGCUGCGAGGAUGGCCAGGUGCGCCGCGUGAAAGGCUUCCACUCCUGCUGCUACGACUGUGUGAGCUGCAUGGCCGGCAGCUACCAGCGCAACCCAGACGACCUUCUCUGCACCCAGUGUGAGCGGGACCAGUGGUCACCGGACGGGAGCCGGCACUGCUUCCCCCGCAGGCCCAAGUUCCUGGCCUGGGGGGAGCCGGCCACGCUGCUGCUGCUGGCGCUGCUGGGCCUGGCGCUGGGCCUGGCGCUGGCGGCCCUGGGGCUAUUCGUCCAGCACCGGGACAGCCCCUUGGUCCAGGCCUCGGGCGGAUCGAGGGCCUGCUUCGGCCUGGCCUGCCUGGGCCUCGUGUGCCUCAGCGCCCUCCUGUACCCCGGGCGGCCCCGCCCCGCCCAAUGCCUGGCCCAGCAGCCGCUGCUGCACCUCCCGCUGGCCGGCUGCCUGAGCACCCUUGUCCUGCAGGCCGCUGAGGUCUUCGUGGAGUCGGAGCUGCCGCCGAGCUGGGCCGACCGGCUGCGCGUUCACCUGCGGGGGCCCCGGGCCUGGCUGGCAGUGCUGCUCGCCAUGCUGGCGGAGGCCGCGCUGUGCGCCUGGUCCUUGGGGGCCUUCCCGCCCCAGGUGGUGAUGGACUGGCAGGUGCUGCCCACGGAGGUGCUGGUGCACUGCCGCAUGCACUCCUGGGUCGGCUUCGGCCUGCCGCACAGCGCCAACGCCGUGCUGGCGUCCCUGUGCUUCCUGGGCACCUUCCUGGUGCACGGCCGGCCCGGCCGCUACAACGGUGCCCGUGGCCUCACCUUUGCCGCGCUGGCCUACUUCAUCCCCUGGCUCUCCUUUGUGCCUCUCCUCGCCAAUGUGCACGUGGCCCACCAGCCCGCUGUGCAGAUGGGCAUCAGCCUGAUCUGUGCCCUGGGCAUCCUGGCCACCUUCCACCUGCCCAAGUGCUACCUGCUGCUGUGGCGGCCGGAGAGCAACACUCCCGAGUUCUUCCUGGGAGGGGUUCCUGGCGAUGCCGGAGGGCGAGGCGGCAGCGGGGGAGGGCAGGAGACUGAGCAAAAACCAGUGACCCGUGACCCAGUGGCCUCGCCCCACUGAAACCAGACCUGAUCUCCGUACGGCUGGGUCAGACUCUGCUGAGCGCUGCACCCCCACCUCUAGAUUCUGUUCCCAGGCUGACUGCUGGCCUUACCCAGAUGGCCCUGGGCCUGCACGGGCCCUGUGAGGUCUCACCACCUGGGACCCCCACAGGGAAAAAGGCUAGAGGGCUCCCGGGCCCCUGCAGCCCACACCACACUCAGGGAAGUCCCACAGGUGGGCCACUUGGAGCUCAAGGUGGGCAGACCUCACCCCCGGCUGGGCAGAGCCUGGGUCCCCCACCAGCGCCCCACCCAUCAUCACUGGAGCUGCCUGACCACGGGCCCCAGUGCAGAAGAGAGGCCCCCUGGUGAGGAGGGGGCACCAGCUUCCCACUCUCCCGGCCUGGGUGGGUAGAACGGGUCAGCCCACCACCAGCACCGUGGACAGAGCCCAGCCAGGGUCGGGGGUCAGCACCAAGGCCAGCGCCGGCUGCUGAGUGGGGACCCCUGGAGCCCGCGCUUCGCACAGAAGACUUUCUGCCAGGACCUCGCCGGCUGCCAGCACGGGUCAGCGCCUUUCCACCGAGCCGGGACCCAGAGGACAGUGCCUGGCCACUCCCGGGUCCACUCUGGCGGGACCCCGGGGAGCCCAAACCUGCUCCCACACCCCCCUUACUCAUUAAGGCAGGCAGACCGGGGAGAAGAGACACAGGCCACACGUCAGCCCCAUAAAAUUAAAUGCUUUUUAGUGUU